CUCUUGCCAGCCCCUUAAGGAUCCGAGGUGAAAUUAGUAGCAAGAAAGCAUGUAAUUGACAAAGUCACGUGUGCUCAGGGGGCCAGAAACUGGAGAGAGAAGAGAAAAAAAUCAAAAGAGGGAAAGCACAUUAGACCAUGCGAGCUAAAUUUGUGAUCGCACAAAAUCAAGAUGUUAGAUUGAUGCAGAAGAUCACUCCGUUCCAAAGGGAAAGUUUUCAUCUCACGAGUUUGGAGCAGAGGGCCCGUGGGGCAACAUGGCCGAAGGCGGGGCAACCAAAGGUGGUGGAGAAGAGCCCGGGAAGCUGCCGGAGCAGGCAGAGGAGGAAUCCCAGGUUUUGCACGGAACCGGCCACUGUAAAUGGUUCAAUGUGCGGAUGGGAUUUGGAUUCAUCUCCAUGGUAAACCGAGAGGGAAGCCCCUUGGAUAUUCCUGUCGAUGUAUUUGUACACCAAAGCAAAUUAUUCAUGGAAGGAUUCAGAAGCCUAAAAGAAGGAGAACCAGUGGAAUUCACAUUUAAAAAAUCUUCCAAAGGCCUUGAAUCAAUACGGGUAACAGGACCUGGUGGGAGCCCCUGUUUAGGAAGUGAAAGAAGACCCAAAGGGAAGACACUACAAAAAAGAAAACCAAAGGGAGACAGUAUCAUUCUGGCAGCUGUGAAGACAACACAAAGUGGAGAGGCAAGGAUGGAACCUGAGAGACCGCUAAGGAUGCAGUUCCGAUGCUACAACUGUGGUGGGCUUGAUCAUCAUGCUAAGGAAUGUAGUCUACCUCCUCAGCCAAAGAAGUGCCAUUGCUGUCAGAGCAUCACGCACAUGGUGGCGAACUGCCCGCACAAAGGCAUGGCGCAGCUGCCCCCCGGUUCUCAGGGAAGACAGGAGGCGGAGUCCCAGCCGUGCGCCUCGACCUUCCCUCGAGAGCUGGGGGGAGGGCACGGCUGCGCGUCUCCACCGUUUCCGCAGGAGGCAAGGUCCGAGACCUCGGAGUGGCCAGGCAGGUCCCCCCAAGACGCUUCGUCCACCAAGCCACUUGCGGCACCAGAAGAACAAAGCAAAAAGGGGCCUUCCGUUCAAAAGAGGAAAAAGACAUAACCCUUCUCCUUAACGCAUCCUUUUCUCUCCCCAGUUGGGAAGUCUACCUCAUGCAAGUACAGGGGAACAGUAUUUCACAAACAGCAGCUGACCUGGGAUUUUAACUACUGUUGAGGAACUGUGAAUUUCUGUAAACAGACAAAUCACUCUAAGCAAAUGACCUUUGAGCAGGGUGUCCUGUUUUCACGUUACUCGCAGAGAAUGAGAUGCUAUGAGUAUCUGUAUGUGCAGGUGUGAGAGGGGGAGAGCUUGAGUGUGUGUGUGUAGGAGGAUUUUAGAGAGAAUGUAGACACAUGUAUAAAGAGGGCUUGUCUUUAUGUAUGUGUGUACAGAGCUAUUAAGCACACACCCACACUCACAGAGCUGGACAUCCCCAAGAACUGAAAACCCACAUGAAGUAUUUUAGAUGGUUUUGAAAAUACCCCCUGGAGUUUUCUUGAAAUACCAUU